AUGUCCUGUGCAGACUGGGGUCAGUCUGACAGCAAGGAACUCUUAACAUUCAGGGAUGUGGCCAUAGAAUUCUCUCCAGAAGAGUGGAAAUGCCUGGACUCUGCCCAGCAGAGUUUGUAUAGAGAUGUGAUGUUGGAGAACUACAGGAACCUGGUCUCCCUGGGUGUUGCUAUCUCUAACCCAGACCUGGUCAUCUAUCUGGAGCAAAGAAAGGAGCCCUACAAAGUGAAGAUACAUGAGACAGUAGCCAAACACCCAGUAGAGACGGGGUUUCACCCUGUUAGCCAGGAUGGUCUCGAUCUCCUGACCUCGUGA